UUGAAACGAUGCGUACGAACAUUGACUGUGGUCUCCGGUCUUCCUUUUUCUAACCUGUCAUUUGGAAUGCUCCAAUGUCCUGACGAAAAUACGCGGGAAAUUUUCGCUGAUCACUUAACUUGUCUUCAAUAACUUACAUUCACAUCAUCAAAUACAAUUCCUCCUUCAUUUCCUUGUGUAAUCCCAGCGUGAAUCAUUCCGUACAUUCCCAUUCCACAUCCCAAUUUCUGAGCUUUUUUCUCUCUGCUUGUUCAUUCAACACACUCAUUCUUCCCUUUGAGUUUUUUCUUCUUCUGAUUUUUCUGAACCCCAUUUACAAUAUGGUACCCAGAAUUGGGUUUCCACUUAUCUUGUUGAUGUUAUUGUUAUUCUCUCUUUGUUUCAAUGCAGAAUCGAAGUGCAAGAAACGAUGCGACUUGGCUUUAGCCUCCUACUAUAUUUCGGACCAACUUGACAAUCUUACCUUCCUUUCGAAGAUUAUGCAAUCACCUCUUGUUGAAAAGCCUGAUGAUAUCGUCAGCUAUAACAAAGGCGUGCUAACUAGCCAAGACUUUAUCCCAAGUAACACUCGAGUGAACGUUCCGUUCCCUUGCGAUGAUUGCAUCGAUGGUGAAUAUCCAGGUUACGUAUUUAAGUACCCAAUUCAGAAAGAGGACACCUAUAUGAAGAUUGCGAAUCAGACUUAUUCCAAUUUGACCACUGUUUCGUGGUUGGAGAGCGUGAAUAGCUUUUCGCCGAACAAUAUUCCUGAUUAUGGAACGCUGAAUGUGACUGUGAACUGUUCGUGUGGGGAUAGCCGCGUUUCGAAAGAGUAUGGGUUGUUCAUCACGUACCCGCUUAGAGCUGAGGAUUCUUUGGAUUCAAUUGCGAACCAGGUGAAGCUUGAUCCGCAGUUGCUCCAAAGUUACAAUCCUGGUGUUGAUUUCAACCAAGGGAGUGGUUUAGUGUACAUACCGGGAAGAGACCAAAAUGAUGUCUAUGUGCCACUGCCACCUAGCUCAAAAGGUUUGACCAUCUCUCUCCUGAGAAAGCUACUUUGAUCUGAUAUAAUUUCUAAAUAAGCAGGUCUAAAGGGCCGGGCUAUUGCUGGAUUAUCUGCUGGAGCAGUAGCUGUGGUUCUCUUAUUGGCAGCUUGUAUUUAUGUUGUAUAUCACCAUAAGAAGAAGGAGGAGGAGCAAGAAUUGCUUUCAGGAGGAUUAGCAGUCCACUCUGCUCAACGUGGGAAUGUUUCAAAUGGUCCACCUGCUGGCACUACUGUGGACAAAUCAGUGGAGUUCUCGUAUGAAGAACUAGCUCAAGCCACAGAUAACUUCAGUAUGGCAAAUAAAAUUGGUCAAGGUGGUUUUGGGGCUGUGUACUAUGCAGAGCUGAGAGGCGAGAAAGCUGCAGUAAAAAUGAUGGAGUCGCAAAAAUCGAAAGAGUUUAUCGCUGAAUUGAAAGUGUUAACACAUGUUCAUCACCUGAACCUGGUACGCUUGAUUGGAUAUUGUGUUAAGAAGGGUUCUCUCUUCCUGGUAUAUGAAUACAUUGACAAUGGAAACUUAAGCCAACACCUGCGAGAUGCAAGGAGAGACCCCUUGCCAUGGUCUACUCGGGUGCAAAUUGCUUUGGAUUCAGCUAGAGGUCUUGAUUACAUUCACGAGCAUACGAAGCCUGUAUAUAUUCAUCGGGACAUAAAGCCAGCUAAUAUUUUGAUAGACAGAAACUUCCGUGCAAAGGUUGCAGAUUUUGGGUUAACCAAGCUCACUGAAGUGGGAAGUUCAUCACUUCCCACCGGCAAUCUCGCAGGCACAUUUGGUUAUAUGCCACCUGAAUACGCAUUUGGCAGUGUUACGCCAAAAAUUGAUGUCUUUGCUUUUGGAGUUGUCCUCUAUGAACUCAUAUCUGCUAGAGAAGCCGUGUUUAGGACUGGCGGAGCUGGUUCUGAAACAACGAAAGGCCUUGUCUCUUUGUUUGAUGAAGCUUUUGAGCAGCCUGACCCAAAAGAACGUCUUCAAAAGCUUGUAGAUCCUAGGCUCGGCGACCAUUAUACAAUCGAUUCAGUUUGCAAGAUGGCACAAUUAGGCAAAGCGUGCACAGAAACAGACCCAGAGCGACGUCCAAGCAUGAGAUCUGUUGCAGUGACUCUAAUGAGUCUUUCUUCUACUUCUGUGGAAUGGGACAUUGCCUCCUUGUAUGAAAAUCCAGCACUCACAAAUAUGAUGUCUGGAAGGUAAAUGUAGAAAUAUGACAUGCCCAUAAUUGUUAAAUUAAUUAACCCAAGUUAUUUUAUUAUAUAUUUCUUUGAUUUUGAUUCUAAAAUAAUAAUAAGCUCUACGGCAUUGGGGAAUUUUUUUUU